AUGGGUCCUAAUUUGCACAAUUUUGACCUGUUACGUGGGAAGAUUGAUGCCUCAAUGAGUUGGCAAAAAUUAGGGCAGACAGAUGGAAGAUCGGAUAAGGCGAGUCCAACUCGCGGAGCUUGCGGUUCCGGAAGAAUGUUGGCGGAUUGA